CAACUCCCGCAGAGAAGUUUCCAUUUUGAGCAUUAGCUUUGCCAUUUGCCACCACCACUGCGAGGAGAAGAGGAGAAGAACGUACGACAUCCAGAUAAACUUAAACCAUUACCCAAAUACUCACUCUUUAGGUCUUCACUUUCCCCAUUGUCUCUCUUCUUCUCGCAUUCUCUCAUAUUUCAGACAUCAACCGACCUUUUUUACCAAUCGUCUUCGAUUCUUCAAUUUAUCGACGUUUUAUCGCGAUUAUACUGGUAGAAAUAUUAAUUUAUAGGUUAAGUUUUCUUGAGAAAAGAGAAAUAAAAUUGCGAAGUAGGUGGCUUACAAGUUAAGCUUGAGUGUAUACAGCAGCGGGUUUUUAGUGGCUGUGCCAAUCAAGUUCAGGCUGGUAUCCUGAUAGUUUAUUAAUGUGAUAAGAGGAGUUGAUUUUUUCUUUUUGGACGGGGAUGUUUUAAGGUACAGAUACAAGGGUAGUUUUUGUCCCAAUGGUAUGCUCUGUAGGAAGUGGGAGAAUGGCAGUUAUGGCUAGACUUCUGGAAGUGGGUAGGUUCUCGCCGAAUAGAGCAGAUGAGGUAACCCAUCAGAAAUUAGCUGCUCAAAACAUUUACAGAGAAUUACGUCAGGCAGAUGAAGCUAAUUUGCUUGAUGAAGAAGAUAUGCAUGUCUUUGGUUUGAAACCUAUGGCUGAUUCUUUACAUUUGGUAUGUUGCAAUGCUUGUAAGAAGCCAGUAAAAGCCAGUCAAUAUGCUGCUCAUGCAGAACUUUGUAGGUCAUUAAAUGCUACAGGGGAACCUAUGUUGGAUGUUUAUAGUGGUACAGGGAAUAGGAAACCUCCAAGGAAGGAGAGGAAAAAGUUACUUACAGCUUAUGCUAGUAUCCUUUUUUCUUUUUUUCACCCUAUAAGUAUUUCUCUUGCAAGACUCAUAGGCCAUUUUACACACUGCACUUGUUGUUUAGAAAAUUUCCUUUGUGGACCAUUUUUUCCCAUAUUAAAAUGAUAUGUUAACUUAAUGUAGCUUAAAAAAAUUGGUAUGAUACCGUCACAUUCAGAACUAAUCUCCUCUCUGCUGUCUCCCCCCUUAAUCUUUGAGUUUUGUAUUUCAUUAAAUUAAGUUCUUGUAUUUUGGUUC